AAUGUAAUUUGAUCCGACUUCUUUGCUAGUAUUUCUUGUAGAGAAAGAUAGAGGGUAACAAGGUAAUUUGAACCACCAACCUCCUUUGCCAAUAUGCUUAACGAUUAAGAUAUAGAUUUGCAUAAACUGAUCUAUUCUCGCUUUCGCUCCACUUGUAGCCCACACACACAACACGCACAGCGAACAACAAACCCCAAAAAUAUACAUCUUUCUAGCGAAUUCCCAGAAAAGAAAAAAAGCUAAUUUAUUAUUAUUUUUAAAAAAAUUAUUCGCACAAAAAAUAAAUAAAUACGAAUUAAAAGAUGAAUUCAAUGGCGACGAAAUCAGAGACUAUCAGCACCAAAACUGGAAAACCCUAAAAAGACCCCUCCGAACGAAGCCACCUCUAUUUCCCACCCUUUUCGUCGUGUUCUUCUUCUCCUUUCCUUGUAUACCAUCAAUCCAAAACCAACUUUUACCCUCAGAUCUCUUACUCUUAGCCGAUCUAGAAGCUUCCUGGUUUCCACAGAGACGAGAUCGGAGAUCCGAUCCGACCACGCGCCGCCGUCAUGGUCGUCAACAUGCGCCCUCUCAAGCGGAUGAAGAGGCCGGACGACGCCGCCGAUGAUCUCUACGACUUCCUCACGUUCCCCUCGCCGGUAUUGGAGUCCGAUGGCGGCCCGUUCAGGAGCAAUGUGCGGGCCUUCCUCUCGGAGCACGCGAUCCCGCCUCCGCCGUCGUCGCUCUUCCCACAUAUUCUGACGUGGCAGAUCCUGUUCAGGAUCGGCGACGCGGCGGCUGAUGGCGACGUCUCGCGGCCGACGAUCUACCUCGACAUCGUCGAGGAGGACGUCGCCAGAUCUAGAUCUGUGUAUUGCGAUCAGUGCCGAGUUGUUGGAUGGAGUGGUCAUCCAGUGUGCUCUAAACGUUAUCAUUUUAUUAUCAAGGCCGAUGGUAAUUCCAUUGGUGGUUAUCACAAGCCUUGUAUCUGCUGUGGAGAUGUCCUGCAUUUGUCAGAAUCCAAGUGCAAGUCGUGUAACCUUGCUACAAGUACAGAUGAUGUGGAAGAUUGGGUUUAUAACCAGCUAGAAAAUACAACCCAUCUUCUGCAUGGUGUCGUCCAUUCAAAUGGUUAUGGACACCUUCUGAGGAUUAAUGGCAGGGAAGGAGGCUCAAGGGUUCUUUCCGGAUGUCAUAUCAUGGACUUUUGGGACAGGCUUUGUAAAGUUCUUGGAGUCAGGAAAGUUAGUGUGAUGGAUGUAUCGAAGAAGUAUGGGCUGGAGUACCGGUUAAUUCAUUCCAUAACCACUGGACAUCCCUGGUAUGGUAACUGGGGUUAUGAAUUUGGUGCUGGUAGCUUUGCUCUCACUUUUGAUUCCUAUAAAACAGCUGUUGAGACCCUCUCCAGCCUACCCUUGUCAAUUUUCCUCAAUCAAGGGUGGAAACCUAAUUCUCGUCUGCAUGACACUAUCUCAUAUUACCAGUCCUUAUCAAAACAUGAGCUUGUAAAUAUUAAAGAUCUCUUCUGUUUUUUGUUGAGUUUAUUACGUGAUAUAUACAAAUCUUCUUUGAGAGUUGAUACUGCCUGCAAGAAACGGUAUGCUUGUACCUCUAGGAUCUUGUGUCCAUGGAGUAAGCAUGACGUUGAACGAACCGAAGAAGCCAUGAUUAGAGUACUACGUGCAGUUUUCGGGGCCAAUUGGGUAAGUUUGCGUUCCCUGAGGGGUGCUGUCUGCAAGGUGGCCCCCCAAGAGGUCCUUGAUUACUGCCUUAAGGAACUUGGGGGAAAAAUCGUUUCUGAUGGGAUGGUUGUUAAUGCCAGAUGCAAUCCUGAUACUGGAGCGUUCGAGUAUCGACUAGAGCAUGCAAGUUUUUCCUCAAAAGAAGUCAUUGCUAGUACUGAAUCUUCCAUUCCUAAGAGCCCAUCUGAGGAAAAGCUCCUGCAGGAUCUAGGGUACUUGUAUGAGUCUAUGCUGCACCCUCAAACUAUGAGUAGCCAUAUACCUCUUACAACAAGGGUUCGUGCAGUCAGUUCUGCUGAAAAGCUCCUUGAUUGCAAGCAGUUUGUGAAAAACUACAAGCUUGAAAAGGUACUGACGAUUAACAAGCCAUCUACCAUAUGCCUUUCAUGUGAUGUGGAACUGAUGGAUGAAUCUGAGGAUUGUGUGGCAAACCCACCUCCAGAAUUCAUCGUGCUGCCACAAAAUGCUACUGUAUUGGACCUUAAGAAUGAAACAUCAAAAGCAUUCCAAGAUGUAUAUUUGAUGUUUGAAAGAUUUCAAGCUGAAGAGCUAGUUGGCUAUGGCACUGUCGAUGAAUCGAUUCAGGCUCGGAACUUGUUAGGGUCAACAAAGUCUGUUCGAGUAAGAGGGAGAUGCCAUGCUAAAAAUAGUCUGAUUAGGUUCAGCAUGGAGAGAGGAGUUGAGAGAUGGACAGUGGAAUGCAGAUGUGGGGCAAAGGAUGAUGAUGGAGAGAGAAUGUUGGCCUGUGAUGUUUGUAAUGUGUGGCAGCACACCAGAUGCUCUGGGAUUCAUGAUUCUGAGUCUGUCCCUGCGAGAUUUGUUUGCAACAGAUGCAGGAGCUCUCUUCUUGCGAAAACUGGUGCACCCUGCAAAGAAAAGGUAGGGACUAAUGGUUGUAGUAGUAGCAGCUGCUUUGCCAGGAGUUUGACAACACCUGAUGAUGCUGAUUGAGAUGAGAUUUCGAUGUUGCUAGGGGUUUUUGAGUUUUGGCAGGAGAGUUGCCUUGGGCCUGAAAGUGAGUGUAUAUAAGAAUCAGGCUUGAAGAAUUGCAUGCAUGCACAGGCAGUUGUACUUUCCUUUUUUCGUUUCCCAAAAAAGAAAAAGAAAAUCCUACCUCUUUUUUGUAGGUGUGUAUAUAUGUUUUUAUGUAAUGGCUGAACUCUUUUCAUCUGAAAAUAACAAGAAAAAAAGGAAGAAAACUAACACGGAAAACCAUGAAAAAUGAAUGAAUGUUAAUUAUUUGCUA